AUGCCACGAAAGCCAGCAAAGCCACCGUCGGAACCUGCAUCGCGGAGCACCUCCAAGCGCCCUGCUGCAGAAACGCCCAGCAGGACAUCUAAGAGAGCAAGGGCAACGCCGAGGAAGUCGUACAUUGAACCAGGCACGGAUUCUGAUGCAACCUCGAACGCUGGAGAUUUAUCCGAAGACGCAGAGUCUGGCGAUGCAUCUGAUUUUGAGGCUCAGAGCGAGAAAGAAGCGUCCUCUGAAUCCGAACCAGAUCCCAAUGCCAGCGAUGAAGAGCCUACCUCCAAGAACGCAACAUCAAGGGGCCGACCGCAAAAUAAGUCUCUUUCCUUGCACAAGAAAAACGUCGAAGAAAAAGAGCUGUGGAAACCUGGUGCGAAGCUUGAGCCAGGAACGCAGCUCAUCAUCAAGAAGCCUAAGGCUCGCGACGCAGGCGACACACCGUACACCGAGAGUACCAUUCACCCUAACACUAUGCUGUUCCUCGAGGAGAUCAAAGCCAACAAUGAUCGUCAGUGGUUGAAGCUACACGAUCCAGACUAUCGAGUUGCGGUACAAGAUUUCAAUGACUUCAUCGGGAAGCUUACUGAGAAGAUCGUGGAGAUAGAUGAGACGAUACCAGAGUUACCGGUGAAAGACAUUGUGUAUCGGAUAUAUCGAGAUGUCCGUUUCUCGAAAGACCAAACGCCGUACAAGACCUACUUCUCAGCGGCGUGGUCACGAACAGGCCGCAAAGGCCCAUAUGCCGCUUACUAUGUUCAGAUCCAGCCAAAUGGAGGCAGCUUCGUUGGCGGCGGGUUGUGGCAGCCAGACGCGGAGUCGCUCAGAAAGUUGCGACACGAAUUCGAUCGCAAACCUUACAAGAUAAAGCAAAUCCUAACAGACGAGCGGAUCCGCACAUCAUUCUUGAAGGGCGUCCCCGAAAACGAAAAGAAAGUUGUCAAGGCCUUUGUUGGUCUGACAUCUAAUGCAUCAACUGCGCUAAAGCGCAAUCCUAAAGAAUACCCCAUAGAUCACAAAGAUAUCGAUUUGCUUCGAUUGAGGAGUUUCACCCUUGGCAAGAAACUCCCAGACAAAGCGGUUAUUGGACCGGAGGGUAUAACCCGAAUCGCAGAGUUAAUUGCCUGCAUAGAGCCCUUCAUCACCUACCUGAACAGCGUCGUCAUGCCCGACGAAGAGUCGUCAAGCUCCAGCGGGGAAGACGAUGAGAACGAAGACGGCAGCUCGGCAGCAGAGGGUGUCGACGAGUGA